GAUUACAUUCUCUUUGAGCACCGGCCCCUGAAGUUGGUGGCGAAAAUCAGCCGCUGGAGGUCUCUGUCUGACAAGCCAUUCUUCCUGUAUGGCGCGAUACCCAUCAUCCUGCAGACGUUUGCCCUGGUUGCUGCCAUGACAAGCUUCGUUCUUGCCAUGGAGGGCCCUCAGUGGUGCUAUCAGUCUGAGCUGUGGUACCUGGUGUGGGGUAUCAUCAUCGCUUUUUCGGUGACACUGAGCUUCUUCGCGGGCAGCUCUCUGCUGGAGAUUUUCCUUCACUCCCCUGCCAUCCGACACCUGCACAUGGCCCUCCGGUACUACCAUACGGCAGAGAAGGCGCCAAGCCUGAUCUACGUGACCGAUGGCGGCGUGCAGGACUGCACUGGCCUCUUGCAGCUCCUGCGCCGGCGAAGCGCCAGGAUAUUGCUGGCACUUGCAGCAUCGGAUCCUGACGAUGAGCUGUCCGUACUGAGGGAGACCAUGCAGCUGGCUGUAUCGCAGGGUUAUGCGUCCUUUUACGACCCGCGUGAUCCGCGACGAGAUGCCAAAUUUGUCCUGGACGAUUUCAAGGCAUCGAAGGCGGCCAAGAGGGAUCAAGACUACCAGAAGCACUUCGUUUUGGGCAUCCGCUAUCCUCCACUGCCUCCCCACGAGGAGUAUGGUGCAAAGAUCACCGGCCGCCUGGUAGUGGUCAAAAAUCGUCUGCCGCCGUCCCUGGAGUUUCCUCCGGAGCCGCUGCUUACCGAGGAG